AUGCGGCUCACCCGCUGCCAGGCUGCUUUGGCGGCCGCCAUCACUCUCAACCUCCUGGUCCUCUUCUACGUCUCAUGGCUGCAGCACCAGCCCAGGAACUCCCGGGCACGGGGCCCCCGUCGUGUGUCAGCCACCAGCCCCCGUGUCACCAUCCUGGUGCGGGAAUUCGAGGCCUUUGACAACGCUGUCCCCGAGCUAGUGGACUCCUUUCUGCAGCAGGACCCAGCUCAGCCAGUGGUGGUAGCAGCCGACACUCUCCCCUACCCGCCCUUGGCCCUGCCCCGCCUCCCCAACGUCCACCUGGCACUGCUCCAGCCCGCCCUGGACCGGCCCGCCGCUGCCUCCCGUCCCGAGACCUACGUGGCCACCGAGUUCGUGGCCCUGGUGCCUGAUGGGGCAAGGGCUGACGCACCAGGCCAGCUAGAGCGCAUGGUGGAGGCGCUCCGGGCGGGAGGCACCCGCCUGGUGGCCGCCCCCAUCGCCACGGCCAACCCCGCGCGGUGCCUGGCCCUGAAUGUCAGUCUGCGGGAGUGGACGGCCCGCUAUGGCCCAGCCCCUGCUGCACCCCGCUGCGAUGCCCUGGACGGGGACGCCGUGGUGCUCCUGCGUGCGCGCGACCUCUUCAACCUCCCUGCACCCCUAGCCCGGCCGCUAGGCACCAGCCUCUUCCUGCAAACGGCUCUCCGCGGCUGGGCGGUGCGGCUGCUGGAGCCGCCCUUCGCGGCCGCGCUCCAGCCCCCGCUGGCCACGGCCCACGCGCGCUGGAAGGCGGAGCGCGAGGAGCGCGCGCGGAGGUCUGCGCUGCUGCGGACGCUGGGAAUCCGCCUGGUCAGCUGGGACGGCGGGCGGCUCGAGUGGUUCGGCUGCAGUAAGGAGACCACGCGGUGCUUCGGAACGGUGGUGGGGGACACGCCGGCCUACCUGUACGAGGACCGCUGGACGCCGCCGUGCUGCCUGCGCGCGCUGCGUGAGACGGCCCACUACGUGGUGGGCGUGCUGGAGGCGGCCGGAGUGCGUUAUUGGCUGGAGGGUGGCUCGCUGCUGGGCGCGGCCCGCCACGGGGACAUCAUCCCGUGGGACUACGACGUGGACCUGGGCAUCUACCUGGAGGAUGUGGGCAACUGCGAGCAGCUGCGCGGGGCUGAGGCAGGCUCGGUGGUGGACGAGCGGGGCUUCGUGUGGGAGAAGGCUGUGGAGGGCGACUUCUUCCGCGUGCAGUACAGCGAGAGCAACCACCUGCACGUAGACCUGUGGCCGUUCUACCCCCGUAACGGCGUCAUGACCAAGGACACGUGGAUGGACCACCGGCAGGACGUUGAGUUCCCCGAGCACUUCCUGCAGCCUCUUGUGCCCCUGCCCUUCGCCGGCUUCGUGGCCCAGGCACCCAACAACUACCGCCGUUUCCUGGAGCUCAAGUUCGGCCCUGGGGUCAUAGAGAACCCCGAGUACCCCAACCCGGCCCUCCGGAGCCUGGCAGGAGGCGGCUGAAGUCAGGGGAGCAUUCAGGCACGGAAAGCUGUCUUUUGGGGUUUUUCUGGGUGUGGAGAAGCUUUGUUUGAUUGGGUGGUGGGAAUGGGGAGAGAAACUGACAGAAAGAAAUACAUAAAUCAUAGGAAGGGCACAAGAGAGAAGGCUGGCUUUAGCUGGAGGCGAGAACAAGGCUGAGAUGCUCAAAUGAAAGUGGCCCUGCCGCUCGUGAACGAUGGAUACAUGUAGGUGCAUCCUGGAUCGUCCUAGGAAUUGGGGUACCACUGGCAUUUGGUGGACGGGGACAGGAUGCCAAGCCGCCCUGCAGGGUCCAGCAUAGCCCCCACCAAAGAUGCUAAGAGGCCUCCAUCCGGGAUCUGGAUGAAGAAAUGAUACCCGCAUCUGCUGCUCCAGAAACCCAGGGCACAGCCUGCACAGGGUUGGGAAGGAGUGUGGAAUCCGGGUCAGGCUGCGAGAUUCUGGUCCUCCCUGUGUGACUUGCUAGUUAAGUGGGCCUAGGCGAGUGCUUCCAUUUCCUCCAGGUUCAGCGAGUGCCCUCGGUGUCUAGCACACAGUGAACUGCCAGGACUCUUGACUGCUGAGAUUGUUUUGCCCACUAGAGGGCGCCUCUAUUCUGCUCCUAAUGGCCCAGUGGGGAUGCCAGGUGGAACCAUAAGCUCAGGUCCUGUUUCCACAGCCAACGCGUCUCUUGAACCUUUGGUCUUCUCUCUAAGCCCCUCUGGAAGGUGGGGCAUCGAUGACCGUCUCUCCUUUUUCUUCAGAGGGAUGCGGAAUGCAAUCUUCUUGGAGAGGAGGGCAGCCUUUCUGAGGCGUUGCUGUGGUGAAGAACAGGGGCUCUGGAUCUUGGCCCCACUCCUUUUUAACUGUUACCUCAUUUUAGCUCUCUGCGCCUGUUUCCCCACUUACAAGUCGUGGUAACCAAUAAUCAUAGCUCAUACUUAGUGAGCACUUACUGGGUACAGGCUUUGUUCUCAGCGUUGUGUGUGGAUUAACUGAUUUAUCCCUCACCUCAAGCCUCCGAGGUGAGAGCUGCUAUUAUUCCUAUCUUACAGAUGAGGAAACUGAGGCCAGAAUGGUGAAGUCACUUGCACAAGGUCAGCUUAGGAAGUGGCAGAGCAGGGACUUGAACCCAGACUGUCAGGCUAUGGAGCCUACACUGUUAACUCACCUACUAUGCCCCUCUUUGGAGUCCCCGGGUGGUGCAUAUGGUUAACAUGCUUGGCUGCUAACUGAAAGAAAGGUUGGAAGUUCAAGUUCACCCAGAAGUGGCUUGGAAGAAAGGCCUGGCGGUCUACUUCUGAAAAAAAUCAGCCAUUGAGAACCCUAUGGAGCACAGUUCUACUCUGACACACUUGGGGUGACUGUGAGUCGGAGUCAACUUGACGGCCACUGGUUUAUGCCCCCCUCUAGUAAUGGUAAAGAAGUCCUGGUGGUGCAAUGGUUAAGCACUCAUCUGCUAACCAAAAGGUUAGAGGUUUGAACCCACCCAGUGGCCCCAUGUGAGAAAGACCUGGCAAUCUGCUCCUAUAAAGAUUAUAGCCUAGAAAAUCCUAAGGGCAGUUCUUCUCUGUCACAUGGGGUUGACAUGAGUCGAAAUCAACUUGAUGACACCUAAUAGCAACUAGUAAUGGUACACAAGAGGGGCUUUUGGGAGGCCAGACAACUUAGCAGGUGAAAGCAGUGGCGUCUUUUUUUGAUCAUGCACGUAAGAGUAAAUACCCCCAGUAUGUGUAUAAUUAUUUAUGAUUCAUAUACAUGCACGACCAUCAGUCUGUAUAUUAGGUAUAAUAAAACUUAAAUUAUUCCAUCUUAAAGUAAAAAAUAAAUAUAAGUAGAGGCUCUUAUGUUUUGUUGCCCCAUCCCAGUGACUUGUCCUCACACCCCUUAGGUGUGUGCACCUGCCUUUGGAGACCACUGGUUAAAAACACAGGCUCUGAAGAGACAGGCCUGGUUCAAACCCCAGUGCUGCUGCUUCCUCCCAGUGGGAACUUGGGUCACCCCUGGCUCUCUGCACCUCCUGUUUGAAUCUGGGGAGAGGAUCUCUAGUGGCACAACAGGUAAGCGUUUGGAUGCUAACCAAAAGGUUGGUGGUUAGAACUCACCAGCCGCUCCAGGGAGAAAAGACCUGGUAAUCCACUCCCAUAAAGAUUACAGCCUAGAAAACCCUAUUGGACAGUUCUACUCUGUCCCAUUGCAAUAUGACUCAGAAUUGACUUGAUAACACCUGAGAACGGUGGGGGGAAUGAGAACGCUUACCCCACCUGGGGACUGUGAGGCACUUAGCGGUGAUGGGAUCAGGAGGCAGGGCUGGAUUUAAUCCUGGCCAGGCCACUACCUUCCUUUUUGAUCAUAGGCAAGUCGCUGCCUCUGAAACUAUAAGCUGAGGGGAUGGUAAUAUCGCAGAAUUGCCGGGAGAAUUUGGAUAGCUCGUACGUGCAAAGUGUAAAUUCCUUGAAGCAGUAGACACUUCGUAGCCCAGCAAGCAAGGAUGAGUAUUGGGCUAGUCUCCUGAGGCUCAGACUGCCAGAGCCUGGCUUCUUGUAGCCCAGCCUGUGCUUUUAACCACUGAACCCACAAAUCGUUCACGAAGAGAU